AUGGGCAUUCCGAGUCAAACGAGAAUAAAGAUCUCAUUGCCCGUUGUUACCGCCAUAAUUUGCAGCUUAGCUUUUGUCGUGCUUUUGUCGACUCAAACUUUCGGUUCAAAGGCCUGUCUCAGAAGAAAAUCUGCCCAGAAAUCUAUUUCAGGCGAAGAAGUUAGCAUGCAUGAAAGUGCGCCGAACUACGGUGUGGAUGACCGGUUCGAAUUUGAUCCAGAAGAAUGCAGUUUGGUCGAGGGGAGAUGGGUUUUCAACCGUUCGAUGAAGCCUUUGUAUUCGGACAGGAUUUGCCCGUAUUUGGACAGACAAGUCACCUGUGUCGAAAAUGGACGGAUAGAUUCGGAAUAUAGAUAUUGGGAAUGGCAACCCGAUGACUGCACUUUGCCACAGUUUGAUCCUAGAAAAGUGCUGGGAAAACUUAGAGGGAAGAGGUUAAUGUUUGUAGGGGAUUCACUGCAGAGAGGGCAAUGGCAAUCCUUUGUUUGCCUAGUCGAAUCUGUGAUACCAAACGACCUUAAGUCCAUGAUACGAGGCCGAUUGCAUAGUGUCUUCAAAGCAGAGGAAUAUAAUGCUACUGUUGAGUUCUACUGGGCUCCUUUCUUGGUGGAGGCCAACUCAGAGCUUCCUGUUGAUCUAAAGAAGAGAAUAUUGAGAGUUGAUUCAGUUGGAAAGCAUGGCAAACACUGGAUUGGAGUUGAUUUCCUUGUGUUCAACACUUAUGUUUGGUGGAUUAGUGAUAUUAGGACCAAGUCACUAUGGGGCAUGUUCGCGAAUGGAGAAGAAGGAUACCAAGAACUCGACACGCCCAUCGCAUACAAAAUCGGGCUCAAGACGUGGGCGAAUUGGGUGGAUUCGAAUAUCGACCCAAACAAAACACAUGUGUUUUUCACGACAAUGUCCCCUACGCACCUAAAGAGCGUGGAUUGGGGAAACCUUAACGGCACGAAAUGCUUCAACGAGACAAAACCAAUUGCCAACACAAGAUAUUGGGGAAGCAGCUCGGACAAAGGGAUGAUGGGCACAGUAGCCCAAGUAGUGGCGAAGAUGAAGGUACCCGUGACUUUGGUCAACAUAACCCAAUUGUCCGAAUAUAGAGUCGAUGCACACACGUCGGUUUACACGGAGUUGAGGGGAAAAUUGUUGACGGAUGAGGAAAAGGUCGACCCGUUGCACUAUGCAGACUGCAUACAUUGGUGCCUCCCGGGAGUUCCCGAUACUUGGAAUCGAAUACUUUACGCGCAUCUAUUGUGGCGGUAUAAUGUAUGA